UGGAGGUCAUUCACCGUGACAUCCGCGAUGUGAUGAACAAGACCACGGCUGCUGCUGAUGGAAGGUUUGAUAUGCAGCUGAAGACCUUGAUCUUGAAGGACAAAAUGCUGAAGGACAUGGACCAGUACAACGGCCAGAUUGGUGCAUUUCAGCGGGUGAUCGCUCACAACGACCAGCUCAAGAACUUCAUGAGCAUCAAAGGCACCGAGAGGGCCAGCCAAGAAGACAACUCUGUUGAUCUCCGGAAACAGGAGAACGAAGAGAGGAGAGAGAAAGGAAUGGACCUGGAGAUGUCUCUCAAGACCAUCCAACGUGUGACUGGAGAGAUAGAACCACAGAAAAUUGUGGAGAAGUUCAGACAAGGCGAGUCUUGGAGUUUUUCUCUACUGAAAUUUGUCAACGAACAGAAUAACCAGGCUGAGCAUAUAAGGGACCAGAUCAGUCAGAUCCUGAAGGAGAUUGACCACCUGAAGGGCGAGUGGCGCCUGCAGAACGAAGAGCACGCAGGCGUCAUCCGCAGCCUGUCGUCGCGGCAACAGCAGGUGGAGAGGCAGAGGCAGGCCACCGAGCAGCGCAGCGCCGCCCUCAACAAGACCCUGGAGCAGCUCAAAACAGGAAUAUACUCUUUGAUGCAGCAGACUAACUGUGAUCGCACUGCCAUCGAUGAACAGCUCGGAGCCUCCUGUGACAACAGGGAGAGCAUGAUCAUGGCCUUUUUGGGCCUUUUGGAGCACCGAACCAACGAGCUACUCACCGUACAGUCCUUCCUCAAUAUUGAGGAUAGAAAAUGCAGCGUCUCAACCACAGCAUGUCACUUACUUGGAAAGAGUCAGCCACUGUCCCAACAAGAAUUAUCCGUCAGGCCACCACCACCUUGGAAUGAGUCUGAUGAGGCGGAAGAAAGCGAACUCAACCAGGAAGAACACGUUUUAUCUAGAGAGACGCUGCACAAGCAUGCUUUGAAGAGGAUGGAGAGAAGGAGGACCAGGCCGGAAGUGAAAAGCGACAGUGACAGGAUCAGCCUCAGCACCAGCCUCCGCAGGCGCUCCCAGGCCUUGGGCCUGAUGUCCGGAAGCCGUCUAGCCUUGCCUUGAUGUGGAAGACCUUGUCUGGCCCUGGCCUCCAGACCUAAGACGUUGAGUCUUCUUCUGCAUAUUUUCUUUUUGUUUGUUUGUUUGUUUUUAACUUUGUGAGGAUGAUGCAUCAUAUAUUAUCAUAUAUUUUUUGCAACUUUAAAUGGUACAUACCCCAAUAUGUUAACUGAGAACCCCCAUGUCUUCCACUCUAGUAACUACACUGUAAAACAUUGCAGCCAGUUUAACGUAAAAAAGUAAGUUGCGCUGCUGCCUUAAAUGUGAGUUAACACAACUCGAGUUAAGUUGAUUUACAAACUUGAGGCAGCAGGGCAACUUACCUUUUUACAUUUAACUGGCUUUUUACAUUUAACUGGCUGCAAUGUUUUACAGUGUAGUAGGACAAGCAUUCACGCAGUGUGUCUUUUUUUCUUUAUGGCAUUAUCUCAUCUGUGACAUCAGUCUCAGGGUUUUCGUCUAGUCUGAGCUUAAAAGGAAAUACCUAAAAUGCACAUUUCUUUUGAUGGAACACACUGCAUUACAUUUUGAAGUCUGUCAAAUAAACAAGUCAAUUCCGCAGUAACAAAUUAAAGACAUUUUUAUUUCUCACUGCAAAUGGCUUUUGCUGUGUAAUUAUACAUUUUAGUGCAAAGUCUUUCUGAGGUGAAGAUCAUUUUACUGUUUGUCUUGGAGUGGUUUCAAGAAAUCAUGGAGUGGUUGGUAUACAGCAAAAAGAUUAUCAAUGAUUUGCGCUCAGUUACAUUCAGUUUGGUGACAGCAUUAUCUAU